AUACAAUCAAAUGUCUUAUGUCAUAACAAAAAUAAAUACUAAAACCGAAUCGCAACAUUCUGAGUACAUAGCGGUUUUGCGAUAAUAGAAAUAUAUUUACGCUUUAUUACAGUUAAAAAACGAUUUAACUCUUGUUUUACCUUACUUCACCAUUCAUUUAUAAUAUCUUAAAUUGCUAUUAACAAUGGCGAAAGCAGAAUCUGCCGCUAAUGUGGAAUGCUUGAACAUUGAUUUUAUGAGAUAUCUUGUAAAGCAAUAUUCAGAAUUGGGACAAUGGACUAGUGCGUUCUUUUGGGCUGAUGCAGCGGCUGCUGCCGGCAGCGGAAUGGGUCAGGCGAGUGGGGAUGAUAUCUGGCUCUUGGCCAGUGCGAUGCUAGCACGGGGAGAACUUCACAGAGCAGCCCAUGCAGUCACUACAAGGGGCUUACACAAGAGACACUUGUUAUGUCUUGGAGUAGUGAUGAGAGCAUUCCUAGCUGCCAAAGAACCUGCAACUGCGCUGAAUAUGCUAGAGGAAUGUGAUCCAGCACUGCUUGAACCUCGGAACACAGAUCAAACACAUAAUCGAGCUCUAGCAGGUGUGUUAGUGUGGCAAGCAAAAGCACUGUCAUGUUUGGAGCGGAGAGAGGCAGCCGCUGAGGCGCUAGCUUCCGCUCUGAGAGCAGACUGUGCCUGUUAUGAAGCCCUAGACUUGCUGCUGGAGCAACAUGCUCUCACACCUAGGCAAGAAAUGGACCUGAUAGAAGCCCUACCUAUCAGCCAACAGCUCAGCGCAGCAGAAGGUAUCCUUGUACGGAGAGCUUACCACGAGCGAAUACAGCGGUACACUCCAUCCUCCGCUGCAGCCAUUCCCCCUCCUAUGGAUUGUCCAAUGAGCCAAGAAGUGGAGACGGUCCGGUCGCGCACUCUGGAAGCGUCGUCGUGCCUGGCGCGGCGGCUGUGCGGCGCCGCCAAGUGGAGGCAGGCGCUGGCGGCGCUCCGCGACCCCUGGGGCUGCGUGCCCGUCCGCGCCGCCUGUCUCGUGGAGCUCAAGAAGAGUGCAGAGCUAUUUUCCUUCGCGCACACUCUAGUGGAUGCGUACCCUCAGGAAUGGACGUCAUGGUUCGCUGUUGGAUGCUAUUAUUAUCUUAUCGGUAAAAGCGAAUUCGCGCGUCGCUAUCUAAGCAAAGCGAAGAGCUUGGAGCCCGGCGCCGGUUGCGUGUGGCUGCUAUACGGACACAGCUUCGCGCGGGACAGCGAACAUGACCAAGCCAUGGCCGCCUACUUCAAGGCCAGCCAGCUGAUGACGGGCUGUCACCUGCCGCCGCUGUAUGUCGGUGUGGAGUGUUCGUUACUCAACAACCCCACAAUGUGUGCCAAAUUCCUCGCCAGGGCCGCAGCGUUGGACCAUGGAGUUGACUGUUCGGAGCCGCCGGGCCCGGACCCGGAGCGCGAGAACAAGUGCCGCUGGGGCAGCGUGCACGCGCUCGUGCACAACGCGCACGUCGCGCACGAAGCGGGCGCCGCGGCCUUCGCGGCCGGCGACUUCCGCGCCGCCAGGACGCUGCUGCUGCGCGCGCUCGACAUCGCCAGGGAUGAGAAGGACCUUGACGAGCUGGACGCACGGUGGGCGCCCACCUUAGACGCACUAGGACACGCAGGCCGGGCGCUGGGUAGACCCAACGAGGGACUUACCUGGCACACCAGAGCCCUAAGCCUUCGUCCAGCCAGACCGCAGACGCUAGCGGCGCAGGCGCUGUGCCUGGCGCUGCUGGGGCGGGACGCGGACGCGGCGCGCGCGGCGCACGCGGCGCUGGCACGCGACCCGGACCUGGUGGUGGCCAGCACUCUGCUCGACGCUAUUCUGGAGAGGCUGGACGCUUCGCAGGCUGUGUUCGGCAACGACGAGAUCCCUCAGUUUCCGUUCCCGGAAGUGGCGGUGCCGCCCACGCCCCUCACCCCCGCGACCCCCCGCCACGACCGCACCAACACCUCGGACAUGAGCAUGAGCUUCGACUGAGGGUUAAGGUAUUAAGGUGCCUCCACACAGCUGUUACAUAACAAGAACAUUCCAAACUUUUGUUACUCUAUGGCCACGCUAUCGAGAGUGAAUAAAGUUUAUUGCUCCAUUCGCAAUAGACUAUCUAUUAGAUUCGUGAAGCCAUAAACUUCGAAAUGGUUGGCGUGAGUUGUAUCCUUUCGCACAUAGAGAGAUUUUCAUACAUGGCGAAAGAGAUAGAAAUAUUUCGUCAGGUAUGUAUGGCUACACAUACCUGACGUACUCCGCGGUGUGGAAUUUUAAAAAGCAUUCCUAGGAAACUUGACGCGACAGUGCGGCCAAAGAGUUCAUGAAAGUUAAGUCUAUUCUGCUAAAGUUAAACAUUUGUGUAUUUAACAAGACUGAAUACUACUAUUAAAUGACCAUUUAGACACGAUUGCGAAUAGUAAACACAGGAAUUUUACGUUAGCAGAAUAUACAGCCAGAUCUGAUGUUAUGUAACAAUGUUAUGUGUGACGCACCUUUAGGCGUAAUAUCUUCAGGUAUUUUUUAGUUUAUUAUGUGAAAUUUUGUCACACUCCCUUUUGGGUACAUCACCUAUCAACUGGCGACCUCCGCGGCGUAGUGGUCACCACGCCCGCCCGCUAACUGUAGGUCAUGGGUUAGAUUCCCAGAAUGGGCAAAUUUGUACUUGUACCAGUUUCUGUGUUUGUGUUCAUCGGACCCACGAUACAAGCUUAGUGCUUAGUGUGGGCCGUUGAGUAUUGUCCAUUUAUUUAUGAUCUUAAGUCAUAGACAAUUCUCGGAUAUAUACUUUUGGGGUUCGUUCAUUUCGGAUUUUGAGUAUUUAUCCCAAACGUUACGAUAAUGUUAUUUGUUUAAGAUUAGGCUUGGAAUAGUUAUGUUUUGUCCCUCUCUCUCCCAUCGGUAUCUGACAUUGUUAGACCUAGAUAAAACAAAAAUUAUUUCGAGCCUAAUCAUAUAAAAUAACAUUUUUAUCAGUAAGGGGGUAGGAGCACAAAAUUUCUCGAUAUUAAGAACCCUUACCGGAAGACAUUAUGCCUAUAUUCAGCGCACACCAAUAGCAGUACAUUUUCGGAGAAUAUUUAAAUAUCAAUUUACUUGUAAUAUCACAUAUACAGUCUAUUAAAAAACUAAAUUUUAACAAACUCAAAUUUUUGUUAUUGCAAUACCAAAUCUAAUAACACCUAGUGUUGCCAGACAAGAGGACACAGUGCCCUCUUGUAUGUAUUCUCAAAAACCGAUUGCUUCUAGUGUGCGCUAUACUUAUUAAUUUAAUGAAAUAUAAAUUCAUGUACCUAUAACAAAUCGAAUGACUGGUUACUUCCCUUACUCAUGUUACGAGUUUGAUACUGAUACUAAUCUGAUUUGUGAGCGUUAAGAUGGCGGGACCAAGUCUCCAAUUCAGAAUAUAGCACAUCAAGGUGUUUGGACUAUAAAUGUACUAUUUGUACCCUUAACCAGACAUUUGUACCUCUAAAGGUAAUAAAAGUAGAUGAAGAGGUCCCUGGUCCCGCCACUUUGACGUCAAUAUGGCGGGAUCUUCUGGAAGCACUAGUCAGAGGCAGGUUAUUUACAUCCGAAAACUUAGUACUACAUAUGUACUGGUAUGUACUCCACUUGCAAUAAUUGUAGGUACCAAAUUUAAGUUACGUGAUUAAAACAUAGAAUUUUUUUAUGUGGAAACUUAUUCAUAAUUCUUAGACUCAUAUCUACCUACCGAUUUAAAUACAAAGAGCAAAAAUUUAGAUUUUUAUACAAAUAUCGCGUAUCGCGGAGUUGGUUAAGGGUACAAAUAGUACAUUUAUAGUACAAACACCUUGGUGUGUUAUAUCCUGAAUUGGAGACUUGGUCCCGCCAUCUUAACGCUCACAUCUGAUUCAUAUAUAUAUGGUUUUCAUAUACUGUGGAUUCAUUUUUGUGUACGAGACUACUCGCCGUUAGAUGGCGGUAGUGUAAUAUCAUGUUUACUCUUUAAUUAGGUAGAAUCUGUAAAAUAGAUUUGACUUGAAAUUAAGCUACCAUUUUAUUACUGCAAAUGCUUAGUUAUUCUAUGAACUGUACAAUGUCACGCAGUUAAAGUCACUAGCUGUAAGAUUGGGGCCACCCUCACACUAGCCGCACCAUCUCAUGUUUAAGUGGUUUUUAAAUUUAGUUUUUCACAUUUUAAAUUUAGUCUUACAUGUGGCGGCCCUAGUGAGACGGGAGCACCCUCUUGUGAAAUUUUAUAAAUAUUUUGUAAAUAUGUAAAUAUUUGUUUACCGUGUUUGCAAAUAAAGAUCAAAAAUAGUA